AGCUACUGCUCCUGGAGGAGAGUUGUCCUUAGUGCUUUGUUAGGGGGUUGGGGGGUGAUGGAGGCUACAGCUCUUGGGGAAAAGCUGUUCCUCAGUCUUGUGGUGCGGGCCCGCAGUGUGCGGUACCUCUUCCCUGAUGGGAGGGGGACAAACAAGGUGUCUCCAGGGUGGGUUUUAUCAGUGCUGAUUGACCUUGCCUUCCUCUUCAGGCGGUCAGCACACACAGAGUCCAGGUCUGGGAGCUCAGCUCCUAUGAUCUUUAUUGCUGACCUAACCACCCUGGCCAAGUCCCUCCUGCUCUCCGCUGUGCAGCCUGCAUACCACACCCUGCAGCCCUGGCAGAGGAUGCUCUCAAUUGUGCUUCUAUCAAAGUGAAUGAGCAGGUGUGUGGAUAAACCAGCCUGUUGGAGCUUCAGUAGAAAGAAGAGCCUCUUCUGGGCCCUCUUUACAAGGUUGGAGAUGUUAGUAGUCCAUGUUAGGUCCUUGGUGUUGUAUGUCCCCAGGAGUUUAACAGAGUCCACCCUCUCCACUUCUUCCCCGUUGAUGGUAAGUGGGGUCUGCGUGGUCCUCUUGGACCUCCUAAAGUCCACGAGGGUCUCAUUUGUUUUGUGGUGUUUAGGACCAGGUUGUUAUCCACACACCACUCUGCUAUGUGUUGGACCUCCUGCCUGUAAUGGCCCUCAUUGUGGUCACUAAUGAGCCCCCCCACAGUGGAGUCAUCAGCUCAUUUGAUUAUGGUGUUGGAUGAAUGGAUGGGUACGCAGUCAUGGUGAAGAGGGUGUAGAGGGCUGGGCUGAGUACACACCCCUGAGGCGCACCGGUGUUCAAGGUUAUAGUUGAGGAUGUCAGAUCCCCGACUCUGACAUUCUGUGGUCUGUUUGAAACAAAGUCCAGGAUCCAUGAGCAGAGUGAGGUGGGGAGACCAAGAUGAAUGAGUUUGAGGACCAGUUUAUGGGGGAUUGUGGUGUUGAAGGCAGAGCUGAAUUCCACAAAGAGCACCCUUACAUAUGUGUUGGGGUACUCCAGGGGGGACAGGGCUGUGUGGAGUGCGAUGGAGACAGCGUCCUCUGGGGAUCUGUUUGCCUGAUGGGCAAACUGGUGGCUGGUGGCUGGCAGGUAAUGGGGAUAGGGACGAUGGUAGUGGACUUAAGGCAGGUGGGAACUGCAGCUUGUUGCAGGGAGAGGGUGAAGAUGUCUGUAGAAGCUCCUGCUAACUGGUCGGCACAUGACCUCAGUAUACGGCCCAACACCCCAUCAGUAGCCUUGUUGGGGUCAAUCCUUCUCAAGGUGGACCUCACCUGGUGGUGCUGAAUUGUGUGUGACUGCUCCUCCUCCUCGCUAACCAGUGUGGUCUUAUAUUUGUAGUCAGAUAGAGUUUUGAUCCCUCACCACAUGCUCCUGGGGUCCUUGUUUUCAAAGUGACCCUCAAUGCGCUGUCUGUACUUGCCUUUGACCUCUUUAAAGGGGACCUAUCAUAUCACCAGGUGUGAGUGUGAUUAGCCAUUACAAGCUGUUUUCAAAAUGUGCAGCAUUGUGACAUCACAGGUGGGCGUGUCCACCUAGAUGUGUGACGGACAGAUGAGCAAUGUUUGCUACAGUCCACGGGGUAGGCUGGUAGACUGAUCUAUCCAGCACACAUGUAGGUGGACACGCCCGCCUGUGAUGUCCCAAAGCUGCAUAUUUUCAAACCUGCUUGUAAUGGCUAAUCACACUCACACCUGGUGGUAUGAUAUGUCCCCUUUAAGGCCCUUUUUUAGGUGUCGUCGGGCAGUUCUAUAGACCAGUCUGUCCCCCGACCUGAAGGCAGUAUCUCUCGCCCUGAGCAGCGACCUCACACAAACCAGGGUUUCUGAUCAGGGAACACCUUGAUGGUUCUGGUGCGCAGUACUGUCUCGGUGCAAAACUGGAUGUAGUCCAGGACAUUAGAGGUGUACUCCUCACAGUUGACUCCCUGCGAAAAUACCUCCCAUACUGAGCUCUAAAAACAGACCUGUAGUGAUGUAACAGCUUCCUCACUCCAUACCUGUACUGUCUUCACAGCUGGUUUGGUUCUACAGCAACUGGUUUAUAAGAUGGAAUCAGUGUCAAGGAGAUAUGAUCUGAUAAUCCGAGGUGUGGGGAUGGUGCAGCUUUAUAUGCCCUGUGAAUAUUUGUAUACACUUAGUCCAGAGAGUUUUUAUCGCUUGUUGGAAAGCAUACAUUUUUGUGGAGUUAUUAGAAGAUGACUUUUAAUGAACCCAAUGUUGAUAUUUUAUUUAAAUUUUUAUCUUAUAGAAAAGUGAAUCACUGGAAAUGGAUGGGAAGUUAACUGAAUGGAAACAACAAAUAGAUGAGAUGGAAACACCGGACCAGGUGAAUGCGUGUUAUGCAUUGUGGAGACGACUUGAUAAGAAAAAGAAAACACAGAAACAGAAGAGGAAGUUUGUUGAAUUGAUUCAACGAUAUAAUGAGAAAAGGGAAUCACUGGAAAUGGAUUGGGCGUUAACUGAAUUUGAAAAACAAAUAGAUGACUUGGAAACAACAGACAAGGUGGAUGAGUGUUUGGGUAAGUUCUUAUUCCACAUGCUUCACUUUGUAAAUGAGUAUCAGAUCAUUUAUUAAUAUCCAGUGAUUUGCAAGGGUUACUGACUCACACCAAGUUAAAUGAUAUUGCUGUGAUUCAAAACAUUUCAUGUAAUUGUACCAGAGAGUCAGAGCCUACCUAGCAGAGGGACCAGAGUGGCAGACCUACUGAACAACAUCAUCUAGAUAUUAGAUUAUAGAAUGGAGCUAUCCAUGUAUAUAAGACACUACUCUCAUAGCUGGGGCGAUGUGGCCAGCAUAACGUCAGCUCAGUGGCGUUUAUAACGUAGCUCACUGAGUCGUCAUGACAACACAGAGUAGGGACAAAGGGUAGAAAGACUUCAGUCCUUGUUUGACCACGAUAAUGGCAGCCGUCUCCCUACACGUAUUCAGUCUGUCAAGAUGUUCUUCUGUAUAGAGGCUAAUUCAGAGUGGAAACCAGGAACUGGUUCAACUGAUUCUACAUGAUUAGAAUAUAUGGAGCAGUUCAUAAUAAUAGGAUGCAUACGUUUCAUAAUAUCAACCAUAGUCCUGGGAGGUAAGCAUUACAUUAAGCUUAUUCAGCUCAUUCAACUAACAUGUAUCAUGGUUACAUUAAACUAACAUGUAUCAUGGUUAUAACCAUGAUGUUAGUUUAAUCUAUAGAUUUCAAUAACAUGUAUCAUGGUUAUAACCAUGAUGUUAGUUUAAUCUAUAGAUUUUAAUAACAUGUAUCAUGGUUAUAACCAUGAUGUUAGUUUAAUCUAUAGAUUUAAAUAACAUGUAUCAUGGUUAUAACCAUGAUGUUAGUUUAAUCUAUAGAUUUGAAUAACAUGUAUCAUGGUUAUAACCAUGAUGUUAGUUUAAUCUAUAGAUUUUAAUAACAUGUAUCAUGGUUAUAACCAUGAUGUUCGUUUAAUCUAUAGAUUUAAAUAACAUGUAUCAUGGUUAUAACCAUGAUGUUCGUUUAAUCUAUAGAUUUAAAUAACAUGUAUCAUGGUUAUAACCAUGAUGUUAGUUUAAUCUAUAGAUUUAAAUAACAUGUAUCAUGGUUAUAACCUGACCCUAAACAGACCAUAAUGGAGAUCCUUUGUUGCUGCCCUACAUGCCAGUAGGCAUAAAGGGCAGUCAGUAAGUACCAUGGUGACAUUAGACUAACUAAUGAUAGUGACUGCUGUCCUGACAUGUUACUGUAUUGUUUAUCUCUAUAUAGCAUUGUGGAGACGACUUGAUGAG